CCCCUUGAUGAAAGAGUUCAAUCAGACUAAGGAUCUUCAGUGCUAAAUUCCUAGAAAAGCUAUGCCGCUUCCUCCAUUUUGUUAAGAAAAAAAGGGAACCUUGUGGAGUGUAGAGACAGUUAGUAAAGAGUCCUUGAUAUGAUCAUGGCACAAACCACACCAUCAUCUGAUCUUGAUUUUGUUGAUGAUUUUUACUACUCGGCACUCUUUGACGAACACGAAGAUGAAAUCUUUCCUCCGUCCGACGACAAGUAUGCCCAGGAGUUGCAGUUUCAAGAGGCUCUCAUGUCAUCAACAGUCUCUUCGAACAAGGGUAAAAACACCAUCUGCAACCCAUACAUCGCCCAUUCUUCAUCGCCCAUAUUAAUCCAAGUCAUGCCUCUGCCCGGGUCCGUGGAUAUGGAAACAAAGGGAGCCGGUGAAUCCUCCUUAAGUUUCUGUGAGAUUUGCGUUGAAAGGAAAGAGAACGAUCAGAUGUUCACAACGGAAACCUGCAAUCACUCUUACUGUUCUGAUUGCAUCAGCAAGCAUGUCUUGACAAGGGUUGAAGAAAGCGUGACCCUUAUAAGGUGCCCUGGAGUGAACUGCGGGGCUGUCUUGGAACUCGAUGUCUGUAGGCCUCUGCUUCCCGAGGUGGUAAUCCAUCGAUGGGAAGAUGCUCUUUGUCAGGAGUUUAUUAAUGCGUCCCAGAGAUUUUACUGUCCUUUCAGGGAUUGCUCGGCCUCGUUGCUGAAUGACGGAGGGGAAGCUAUUAGAGAGUCUGAGUGCCCUUUCUGCCAUAGAUUGUUUUGUGCACAAUGUUAUGUGCCAUGGCAUCCAGGGAUCGAAUGUGCAGAAUUCCAGAGGCUUAAUGAGGAUGAAAGAGGCAGAGAAGAUCUCAUGGUGAGGGAACUUGCCAAGCAGCAAAAAUGGGCUAGGUGCCCCAAGUGCAAAUAUUAUGUUGAAAGAACAGUAGGUUGCCCACAUAUGAUUUGCAGGUGUAAGUUCCAGUUUUGUUAUGGUUGCGGAGAACAGUGGAGUGAUAAUCACGGUGGUUGCUCGAGGAACUAAGAGCACAACAACUCAACAAGACCACAGUAAAUGUUAUCAUCAUUUUAGUUGUUUUUAGUCUCUCAGAGAAAAUAUUUGCAUCAUAUGUGGAGUAAGUUUAAUUUGGGCUAAUGCUCUAGUUUCUGAAAGAUCAGACUAUUUGUUCAACUGAAUUGCUAGUUAUUAUUCUAGUAUGUGGAUGAUGUUUAUCAAUUGUUGUUUGUACUUGAUUGAUCAAGUUAGUGGUUCAUUUUGUGGUAGUCUAUUUGUUAAAUAUACAUGCUGAAAAUGCACAUUAAAACACCAGUAUAAAACCAUAGAACUGUAUCCUAGAAGCUCAUGAAAGAAAAAAGUCUUGAAAACAGCAAUUUUA